ACUCGACGUCAUAGGAAGCGCAGCAGGAAGGGAGGAGAAAUGAGCCCGGGCUUCCUUGUAUCACUAGUUCUCUUUCAUAAACACAAUUUAAGCAAACUAGCUACUUAAUACGCGUAACAUUACAUCAAGACACUUUUUAAAGGUUUAAACGUUUUUCAAGUUAGUCCCGAAAGAUCCGGAUUCUCUUGCUGAAUGUGUGAAUGAAAGAAAAGCGAAACGCGUGAAGUACUGGAUCACAAGGCACAGAAGAGAAAGAGUCUCUUGAGGUCAGUGGAGCGCUUCUGGAGGACGUGCACUCAAAUGUUAUCUGUUAGUUACUGUAUACCGUUACUCAAGUAAUUUAGCCCUGGGAGAGCUGAGGAAUGUGCACAGGGCUUUCCACCUGGCAAGUUCAGACUUGCUCCUCCAUUGAACAAAGAUACAGUAGAACCAAUUAGAUGGAAAUUUUUUCCCCCUGCUGUACCAAAAUCAUACCGAACCGUGACGUUAAAACCGAGCAGAAAGACUGCUCUGAAGAUUAGUCAGUGAGUUAUCGUUCCUCUUUCGACGCUAAUCAUCCAAGACAAGCAGUGGUUUCUUCUGACAUAACCUGAAAAAACGGAAUCAGGAUGUCAUCUGAGGAAGAAGAUGCCUCAAACAGUAACAGUGGUCAAUCAAAAAGUAGGCUGAAGAGCAAGAAGCCACCAAGUCUGAUGAUUGCAAUUCCCAAAUCAGAGGCUGACAAAAAGUUGCUGCGGCCAUCUUUUAAGAAGAGUGUGAGUCUACAGCAGUCAAGUGAAGGAUUGUCAGACAGCAGUCCAUCUACAAGGGACAGACGGAAAACGUUCAAGAGGCAAACGUCACUCUCUCAGAGCAUUCGCAGGGGUACAGCUCAGUGGUUUGGAGUGGGCAGUGAUAGUGAAUCCAAGCAACAGGAAUGGCACAGGAAGAGUCUUCGGCACUGCAGUCAGAGAUACGGAAAACUAAAACCUCAGUAUUGUGAGCAGAAUGAGACAGCCAGCCUAGAUUAUGGCCCGGAGUCACCAGUGGCCCCCAGAAUGCCAAAGAUUGUGGAUCCUUUGGCUCGUGGGCGACAGUUUCGCUACGAGGAGUCUGAGCGACCGAGGACACCCCAUACAGCAUGUCCUCCUUUGACCCCAGGUGUGACCUCUCUCUGCUCGUUCUCUAGCCAGCGCUCUGGUUACACACGUUUACCACGGAGAAAAAGAGAAUCGGUGGCUCGUAUGAGCCUCCGCGCUGCGUCCAAUCUUCUUAAGGGUCGACAUGGUCUACAGGGCACUCAAAGUGGGCGUGGAUUUCAGAGGAGGAGUUUUGCCCGUCCCAGCUGGCUCGAAGACGACACUGUGGAUACAGCAGACACCUCUGAUUCAGUUUUUUUUAGCAAAGUAGAUGUCCAUGAGGAGCUUUAUUCUAUGGCAGAUGAUGUUUUUGAGUCACCCCCUAUAUCGGCUUCUUGUCAUGUGGCAGAUGUUUCUUUGGGCGAGGGAAUAUCAUUUCCUACCUUAGGAAAAAAGGAUGUCAUCAAAACUAUGACCCCCUCUGAGAGAGAAUCUUCUCAUCGUGGUGGUCGAAUUGCCUCUAAAGUGAAGCACUUUGCGUUUGAUAAGCAGAAGCGUCAGUAUGGGAUGGGUGUGGUAGGGAAGUGGCUGAACCGACACUAUAGACGCAGUCUUAGCAGCCAAGUACAGAAACAACUGGAAGAUUUUCAUAGUCAUCGGCCAUAUUUUACCUACUGGAUUACCUCUGUGCAUAUUAUCAUAACAUUGCUGUCCUGCAUUACAUAUGGAUUUGCUCCUGUGGGCUUUGCCCAACAUUCCACCACUCAGCUGGUACUGAGAAACAAAGGAAUCUAUGAGAGUGUGAAGCAUGUACAGCAGGAGAACUUCUGGAUUGGUCCUUGCUCUGAAGAUCUUAUCCACUUGGGAGCAAAAUUUUCUCCAUGCAUCAGACGAGACAGUCAAAUAGUGAAGCUUGCACAGCAGGCCAAAGAUCUAGAGAGGGAGUCCGGCUGCUGUGUACAGAACGAUGGUUCUGGAUGUGUGCAGACCCAGAGUGAUGGCUGCUCGGAGACUCUAGCAAUAUUUAUAAAAUGGAACAAAGAGAAAGUAGACAUGGUGAGAUCUUCAGGUGCAGUCUGCCAUCAGGACCCAAGGACCUGUGAAGAGCCAGCCUCAUCAGGACCCCAUGUUUGGCCUGAUGAUAUAACAGAGUGGCCGAUUUGUACAUACCCUAAAACAUGGAACCACACAGGAUACAAGCACAUGGACUGCACACUAAAGGGCCGGCCAUGCUGUAUUGGAACUAAAGGAAGAUGUGAGAUUACAACUUGGGAGUAUUGCCACUUCAUGCGUGGAUAUUUCCAUGAGGAGGCCACACUGUGUUCACAGGUUCACUGCCUGAAUGAUGUGUGUGGCUUGCUGCCAUUCUUGAACCCCAGUGUCCCAGAUCAGUUCUACAGACUGUGGCUCUCCCUUUUUCUUCAUGCUGGUUUACUGCAUUGCCUGGUGUCUGUGAUCUUCCAAAUGACUAUACUUAGAGACCUGGAGAAACUAGCAGGCUGGUUACGCAUUUCCAUCAUCUACAUUGUCAGUGGUAUUACAGGAAACCUUGCCAGCGCCCUCUUCCUACCGUACAGAGCAGAGGUUGGUCCAGCAGGGUCUCAGUUUGGUUUGUUAGCCUGUCUGUUUGUGGAGCUGUUCCAGGCCUGGCAGAUGUUGGAAAAGCCAUGGAAGGCCUUCCUGAAGCUGUUAGGCAUUGUUCUCUUCCUUUUCUUCUGUGGUCUUCUGCCCUGGAUUGACAACAUUGCUCACAUCUUUGGCUUCCUCAGUGGUCUUCUCCUGUCCUUCACAUUCCUUCCAUAUGUCACGUUUGGCACCUUAGACAAGUAUCGCAAACGAGCUCUUAUUUUGUUGUCGCUGCUUGUCUAUUUUGGGUUGAUGUCCUCACUUAUUGUCUGGUUCUACAUUUACCCUAUAAACUGGCAUUGGCUAGAGCAUCUCACCUGCUUGCCCUUUACCAGCAAGUUCUGUGAACACUAUGACAUUGAUCAUGUGGUACACUAACUUUGUUUUUUGUAGACUGAGUUUUUUUCUAAUGACUGCAAGGGACUGAGUAAAACAGCAGAUAAUGUCAUACUGUAUCUGAGGUGUAGCAAUAGAACCAAUAGAAUGUAUGAAUAGUCCAUUUAUUCCCAAAGCCUGGAUAAUGUGCAGGUAAACUAUGAUGUUUUGUUACUGAAGCCUGUACUCUAUCCCUUUAGCUUAAAAUGUCUAACACCAAAUGUCUUCCAAAAUUAUUGCAUGUGUAAACAAGGAGAUUUAUUCUGUCUUUUCAUAUGUGCUUACACGUUUAAAGAUAUGCAUAAGUCUUUUAGAGUCAUUUCACUGAACUGGUUAUGAAUGAUGGAGUUUUAUGUUGAAACUUCAGUGACGUUCAAAAGAAUACUUUAUAUUUCAGUCACUUUUUGUACUUCUGUAGACAGCCACAAACCUCUGGCUAGGCUAGUAAAUCUAGUUCCACAUUAAUGAACACACUAGUUUUAAGAACUGUAGCUUCCCAUUCUUCUUUUUCUGGAUUACAAGCAUGUGUCCUCAGACAACUAUAAAGGAAAUUAAAUGUGGCAGUAAUUUCCUGAAUAGUAUGGUCGGUUAGUCAUUUCACUUCUCAAUGCAUUUCAUAUAUUUCAUAAGUCAUUUAAUUUAUCAUUCGUCUAUCAUAUAUAAUAUCUGUCUUCUUUUUUUUCAGAAUAGAGAUCCUGUUUUGCAAUCAACAGAGAAGCUGUUGUUUACAACCAGCUAUUAAUGUUAAUAGGUGCACUGCAUGCAUUAAAUCGUGUGUAUUCACUUGGCGUAGAAUGUAUACAUUUGUGGUCUUCUGUCUCCUUUUAUUGUAGUGUCAAAGUCAAAUUCAGCUGUUGUUUUGAUUGAUAUUCAGUCAGUGCAUAAUUGUUUACUGAGGACUGCACUUGUGCCUUAAAAAAGAACAGGAGUUCUAUUGAAUCUGACAAUCUGGAAUAUUUUGGUAUAUUUGAAGGUGUACAAAUAUGAUUGCAGGUGGACUAAAUAACUAAUGCUUGAAGUAAUAAUAACAAAAAUAAAGUUUGUAAUUUUUUUUUU